UGUCAUUUUGUUAAUUUGUGUAAUUACAUGGCCUGCCACCCAAAACAAAAGUAAGUAAGUAAGGGCAACCAAAAAAAUCGCAGAUAGCAAGUGGGCUGGAACGUUUGAUAAUUUGAUUUAAAGUAACUAAAAAUAUGCAUAGUAUUUGUUGAUGAGCCUUGUAAACAAUAAAUUAUAGGCCCGGAGCAAAUCGGCAAUGCAAACUAAUCACAUGAUAAACAUUUAGACGACAAACACUGGCUUUCACAAAAACAACAAAACUGCUGCAGAUUGCCCUAGUGUCAUUGAUAACCCCUGGCACCCAAGUGGAUGCUUGAUUUUAAUUCCAUGCUCAAGCAGCAGAUAACUUAUGCGGCACUAGUUGGAGCAGGUAAUUGUUGAUAAGGCAUGACAAAUAGGGCAAUUCAUGCAAAAAAUUUAAAGUUUUGGUGUAGUAAAAGCACAGUAUACAGUACCGGUUCGAUCACAGCAAGGCCGGAGCGUGCUUAAUAUCGGCUGUAUUUUAUUUAACAAUCAUAAUCUAAGAAAAAUGUUUUUGUGCCCACGUACAGCGGCAAGCUUAUGGAAAUGGUGCGCGUCAAAGAUUGGCCGGACUACGAGGCGCUGCCACUAACCAAAUGGAAUAUAAAGCAACCUAGUGCAGAGGAGGGACGUGAGAAUUCGCUAACAAAUGGUCGCGGCGUUGAUCUGUUCUUGAUGCCCGGUGUUGCAUUUACGCUAAGUGGCGGUCGUAUGGGCCACGGCAUGGGCUACUAUGACAGCUUUUUGCACCGGCAUUUUAAUAUUUACCCUGAGAAGAAACCAGUAUUAAUGGCUUUGGCAUUCCCUGAACAAAUCGUAGGCGAAAGCACUUUGCCGCUAGAUCCACAUGACGUGUGACUUACAACUGUAAUUAUGGAGUAAUGAGCACACUGAAUUUAGUUGUACAUUUUUGUAAAUAGUAUAUAUGUACACAGAGAUUCACGUUUACUUAUGUGUGUUUAAAUGUACUUUUAUAUUUUUAAUAAAAAGUUAAGUUAACUUAAAUUAACAAAAAAGG